AUGACAGUUAUCGAUACGUCUUUUGUAUCAAAUGAUACAAACAUGUACGUUCGGCCUAAGCCUAUCGUUCAUGAUCAAAAAGUGACAAUUCAUCAUUGGCAAUUGAGAGAUCUACUACUGACAGAUGACGAGCAUCAUAAGAACCAGCUAAUCAUUCCAACCGGGCAAGAUAUUUAUAGAUACAACUAUAAAACUGGACAAAAAAGCUAUCUAUUAAAGGACAUUGGGUAUCCUCCAACUUGCAUGGCAUCAGGUUAUGGCUAUUGGGCGGCGGGCGGACAACGAGGAGAUUUGACACUGAAGGACACAAACAGUGAUUAUCAAGUGAGCAUCACCACCUCGCCUGGCUGCACAAUCAAUAAUGGAUUAUGUUUCUCUCAUUUGAACGGAGAGACCAGAUUACUUGUAUCCAACAAUGAUGCAUCCAUUCGAGUCUUUUCAGUACCAGAUCUCGAAUUAAUCGACACUCUUGAAUUCAGAACUGCCGUCAAUUAUACCUCUGUCAGUCCAGAUGGUAGAAAAAUGAUCACAGUGGGUGAUGAUAACCGAGUUCAGCUGUUCAAUGUGACGAAUUCUGGACAUUACGAGCUGGCUACUACCAUGGCCGUUUCUCGAGAUGCCAACUUCUCUGUUGCUUGGAACCAUACAUCCGAGAAGUUUGCUGUAUCAAGUCAGGAUGGUUCUGUCCAUGUUUGGGAUAUCAGAAGUCGUAAUCCGUUAGCAAGGUUUGCAGGCUUACACCCUUCCAUCACAAAAGGCGCUGCAAGAUGUGUCAAAUUCACACAAACUGGUGCUGUUGAUUUGUUGGCAUUCACAGAGCAUGUCUCUCAUAUUCAUAUUGUUGACGCUCGUACUUUUGACAGUCAGCAAACGUUACGGGUUGGCUCUGCAGGCCAUGACACACCCAUUACCGGGUUAACAUUUUCAAAUGACAGCCAAAAGAUGUUUGUUGGCCUCGAAAAUGCUAUAUUAGAUUUUAAUAUAGACACCGGAUCUCGUAGAAGAUUUGCACGAGGAGCUCUUCUCUAA